GCAUUUUAUGAAGUACAAGUUCACGGCUGAAGAGACUAACACGGCAAGGGUAUCAAUCCAUUCGAAAAGUGUGAAGUACACACGUUUUAUUGUGAAUUAUUGUAUAAGCAACAGCAUUGGAUUUUCCAGCUCACGCAUAAACGUUUGAAGUUAACAAUAGUUUCUUGUCAGAUUCAACACUUGGAAUUUUGUACAAAUCCUUAUAAGAUAAUUUAGAUCGUCAUACAACAAUGUUGCAAUCGACAGAAUUAAAACGAUCUUUCGACGAGAAUUUAUUGAAUGACUAUACAAAAAACGACAUCGCUCUGAACGAAGAGAUACAGAAGAAUAGCGAAUUCAUGAGCAGUUUUAAAUCUAAUAAUGAUUCCGACAAAUCAAUUCCUGUUUCACCAAAUUGCCUCACCGAUCAGCAUGAGACAUUCAUAACAAUGUGCAAACAGGAACUCGGCAGCGAUUUACCAAUGGAUUUCAAUCAAUGGUCUCCCAAAGAGCAAUUUGACCAUCUCUUAAGCAAUACUAGCAAAUAUUUCCCAAACAUACCUGAAUCCCUGAGAUUCAUCUUGCCGGCGACUUUCGAGGAUGGAGAUUGUGACCGACCAGCGAACAAAAUACCCGACUGGUUAGAUAUGAGCAAAUUUUAUCGCGGACAACAAUUCGCUUUGCGUUACUUCUGCACACUUUCUAUAAGCAAUUUGAUGAGUCUAUUAAUGAUAUUCAGUUUUGCUGAUGGAUUGAAACCCUUAAUUCUCAGUCAAAAAUCCAACACGCCGUAUCGUGCUUUCAAGCGUUAUUUAUCAACAAUCAGACGUUUCAGGAAUUGGUAUACGAGUGAUCCUUGGUGUGAAGGAACGCAAGCUUAUCGCGACAUUCAGAUAGUACGAAAGUUGCAUCGCGCCAUGAGACAGAAGUUAUGUAGCAUGAGCGAUAAUGAAAUCGAUUUGGCUGCCAAAGUGUCGUAUACGAAAUGCCCGAUGUUUCAAACGAUCGCGAAAGACUUCGCGGAUACGUGUCCGUUGGCGAAGAGCCGACAAUGCCCGUAUACGAUGUCAAAGAUGAAGGGUCUGAAUCAAGGUGACAUGUCAGGCACGCAAUUUGCCUGUAUGGGUUUGAUAGUACUCUAUCCGGAACAAUUUGGAAUAUAUAACGUCAGCGACGAAGAUCUGGAAGCUUUCUGUCAUCUCUGGCGCGGUUUGGGUUAUCUGCUGGGCAUUCAAGAUCAGUACAACUUCUGUCGUGGCAGUUUGCAGGAAAUACGUCAACGUACCGAGGAUUUUAUCGAACAUUGGGUGAAGCCAAACUUGAGUACAGUAACGGCAGAAUGGGAACACAUGUCCAUAAGUCUCUACGAAGGCAACGGUGUAAUUUCUUAUUUUGACAAUUACAAAGUCUUUCUGCUCUAUCUUUGCGAUAUAUUCAAGCUCAAUAUGCCUCGGCUGUAUAACUCUCUCAGUUUCUGCGAAAGAAUGACGUACGUUCUGUUGAAGUUUCUGUUACUUUUUUUCAUGAAAUUGCCAGGUGUAUUUCCUAUCAUGAACGCGAUGUUUCACAAGAAACUGAAUCAAGCGGCAAAUUUCAAACUUAAGGAACAUGUCAAAAUUAAAGAGAAAUCAUCCAGAAUCAUUCCGGAAUUUCUCAUGAAUAAUUCUUUAAAGAGAUAUCUCUUUAUGAUCUAG